GGCAAGUGGUUCAACAAUUCCAUGGCUCGUUAUUUGCGUAGCACCGUACCCCCAACUACACUAGCUUGGGAACAAGUAAAACCAGCUGAUAUCGAAGUUAUUCGAAAGAGACUAUCUGAAAAAUUCAUUUAUCCAGAAGACAAUCCAGUAAUCAACGAUGCCAUGGUAAGACAAAUGCAAAAACAUCUGACUGAUUGGCGCCACACGAUGAAGAAACACUGGGUAGAUGUUGGAGGAGAGGUGGACAAUGAGAGAGCGAAGUCAAAACCUUUUGUGUCGAUUACUUCUUCUGAUUGGGCAAUUCUGUGUGAUUUUUGGGCUUCUGAUUCUCACCAGUGUAUAUCGAAGAAAAAUAAUGAAGCUUGAGCUAAAAUGACCAUACCAGGAGGACACGGUUCCAAAU